AGGAGUGUAGGACCAAAAUGAAGGCCUUUAUUGUACUCUUAGUGUGUGUGGCAGCUGUGAGCUGCAAGCCAGCAGCUUCUGAGGAUGACGUCCUUGGAUCAGUCGUCGGGGUCGUCAAGAGUUGUGCCGAGGAAGAUGUCUGGAUGUGCAUUAAGGAAAAAUCGAUGAGAUUCCUAGAAAACGCGGCGUCUGCGCGGGAGUUGAAACUUGCUGAUGGCCUCGCGAUCUACAACCUUGGCACUUCUCGCUCUGCCAGGUCCUAUGAGCCCCUUCCUGAAGAACCUCAAGCUAGGGAAAACCAGGUGGAAGCCAGGCUGGUGGAUGCUGCUGCCGACUUCAUGGAGAACCAUGUCAUCCAACUGCGCAUGCCCAAGAGCACUGUCGAGGAUAUGAAGAGGUCCCUUGAGGAAGGCCGUGGCAAGAAGAAGAAGCUGAAGCAGCUCCUCCCCAUCCUCGCCCUCCUCCAGCUGAAGAUCCAGUCCCUCAUCCCUCUGUUCCUCGGUAUCAUCGCCUUCGCUGCCGUCAAGGGUCUGAUGCUCGCCAAGGCUGCCCUCCUGGCCUCCGCUUUGGUCCUCCUCAAGAAACUCCUGUCGAAGAGUGAGCACCAUGAAAGCUACGAAGUCGUAGCUCACCCACACCAUGAGGAACACUUCAGUCACGGAGGUGGCGGCCACGGUGGUUGGGGCAGAUCCGCAGAUGCCCAAAACCUGGCCUACAGCGCAUACUCCAACUAAAACCUAAGAUAGAUCUAAGUCCCAAGGGCCAUGGUUAAUCUUCAUGUAACUUAGUUUGGACCUCAUAACGAUUUAAUUUAUUAUUUAAUAAUUUAUUUAAAUUAUUUUAUUGUUAAUUGUUGAACGAGUGAAUCUUGUCUCGAAUUGUUUCAUUAGCAUCGCCGAUUUCUUUUUAAAUCUUGACGUCUUUCCUUUACUUUAUUAUUACUACAAUGUACCUGUUUUUAUUAUUAGUAUAAUUUUCUUAAAGUACAAAUGUAUUUACGAUAUCAAUAGCUUUAAUUAUUAUUUUUUGUUCACCUCUAACCGACUGGCAAAGCCAAGGAGGCUAUUUUUUUUUUAUUUUUAG